AAAUGGAGGAAAAUCAAGGAAAUACGCAAACAGGAGAGCCAGCAGUCGAGAAAGAACCAAGCAACUUGCAGGAAGGAAUUAAUCCAGAGGAACAACCAGGAGAGACUGAGGUAAAGGAGAACGGCCAGCCUGAAGAAGCAAAUAGGUUCAGAGCAAAGCUGUACAAACUUAACGAAGAUGGUGGGUGGAAUGACCUAGGCACUGGAUACUGCUCAAUCCAAGGCAAUAGUGAAAGAAUAGUGAUAAUUUCAGAAGAAAAUGAGGAGACAAAGCUUCUUGACACUGAAGUUGCAUGCCCUCCAAAUUACCAUCGACAAAGAGACACUAUCAUCACUUGGCUGGAUGAAGAACAGCAGUGUGACUUUGCAAUAUCCUUCCAAGAACUAGAAGGGGCUCAGAAGACCUGGGAAGCUCUAGGGUGUGGAGAUAUGAUGUCCGAUGAGGAAUCAGACGAUGAGAGUUUGCCUCUCCCUAAAGCCGACAACCUAGAUGAGAUCAUUGAGAUUAUCCAGAUCCCUGAUCCUGAACGGAGAAAGAGGUAUACUUCAAAAAUCAUCAAAACUGAUGAGAAAGAAGUGGAGUACUUCUCUAAGCUAAAGGAUAUUUUUGAGACGCAUGAGGAUCUUGAAUGUGAAAAUACCUGACAGAAAAUUUUCAUGAUUUUUAAAGAGUUUCUCAACUUUGAUGAUCCUAAUAUUCUUGAAAUUCUGAUGAGCAACAACUAUUACCUUACUGUAUUUGGAGCAUUGGAGUAUAACCCGGAAAUCAACAAUAAAAAUGAGGAAACAAAGCAUAGAAAUUUUCUACAGAAGAAAGCUCAGAAGAAGAGCUUCAUACACUUUAAUUCGGAAUCAAUUACGGAGAAGAUCGACCUGAGCUUCAGGCUAAAUUAUCUCAAGGAUACCGCCCUUGCGAUCGGUCUUGAUGAUAAUAGCAUCCAGGUUGUGGGAAAUCUCAUUUCAAAGACUAAUUCUGAGUUGGUCGAAGCAAUCCUCAGUGACGGGGACUGUAUGGGGAAGAUUUUUAAACAGAUCCAAGAGAAAGAUAUGGAUGCUAGAAAGGAAUCUCUAACCUUCCUUCUAGAGAUUAUAGCCCUCUCAAAGUCAUGUCAGAUGCCUGGAAAUUCUAAGCUCUUGGAUUCCUUCAAGAAAGUUGAGGAUUUCAAUCUGUCGGUAUUUAUUAGAAACUGAAUAGAAUACAACAAUGAUCUUGCUGAUCUUGGUGAUAUCUCAAAGGAAGAUCGGGAGGAAUCUGAUAAAUUUAUAAUCAAUUGUUGAGAUAUUCUUCAAAGCUUGCUUCUAUGAGCACCCUCUUUGGGUAUAAAUUCUUCAGAAGCCUCAAGAAUCAUUGGUGCUACAAAUUCAUUAGUUGACAUAUGUGAUACUAAUAAAAAUAAGGAAGAGCCGAAGAAGUUGUUCAUGACACUCACAGAUCAUAUGAUUAAAACCCAGAAUGAAGGGCUAAAACUCCAGAUACAUGAGUUAUUGAAGUUCAUCUUAGAUAAUGACCAAUCACUAGGAUCUACCUUUUAUGAAGUAUCUUUCCCGCUAUUCUCUGAAUAUCUCCCGGAAAAGUAUAAAGAAGACGAUAAAGAGCAUAACACUCUUGUUGAUUUGACUAAGUCCUUAAUAGUGGAUAUAAUAAACAGAAACAUAAUGGAGGACAACUAUAUUGUGAGUAGUUAUCUCCACAAGCAUGAGAUCUUCCAGAAGGUAAAUGAAAUGGCUACUUCAGAUAGCAAAAUUCAAGCAAUGUGCUUACUCAAGUUCUACAAAACACUGAUAGCAAUUAAUUUCAAGCCGUAUGUGACAGAAAUGAUUAAGCUUAAUUUAUGAGAUGUGGUUGCAGAGGUAUACCAGAAAAUAGAGAACAAAAAGAACCUGAUUGCAUCCAUCGCAUAUGAUUUAUUCUCCCUGAUCUGUAAGAAGGAACAUUAUGACCUAGCAAAAUACCUGUGCGACAAAUUUGAAGUAGUCCACCCAUACUUGAAGGGAGCAGCUGAUAAAUAUAAGGAGAAGGUUGAUGCAGCCCAGAAGGAAGGGGAUAAUAUAUUCGAUGGGUAUGAGGACUCAGCAGCAGACCAAAAGGCCAACCAGGAAGCUUAUAUGAGCUCUUUAAGUUUCAGAGAGGAGGAAAAAGAAGAGCAAUAUAAGAAAUUUGACUUUUUGUCUCAAAACUCUUCUAACGAGCCUGAGGAAGAUAGUUUACUAAUCAAACCAAAAGUAUCUCCCAAUAAUGGCUCUAAGAUCCAGAUUGAUUCGAAUAUUUUCAAAAGCAUUUCCUCACCAAAAUCCGAUGGUAACUCGAAGGGAAGGACAAAAAGUAUUUUAGAUGAGAAUUAUGUACAUCAGCCAAUAGAGUUUGAAAAAUCAAGUCCGAAUCUACUCCAAAAUUCUGCACCAAAAAUUGUCUUUGAUAUUUCUGCAUCCAUUAACGUUGGGAAUCCUGCUCGUGAAGAGUCAAAAGAUAGAGUGAUGGAAGACACCAAACAAGAACAACCUUCUUUGGAAAAGACACUUCCUUCAGCUCCAUUGCUUGCUCCAGCACCUGCACCAGCUCCAGAACCUGCUCAGAAGAGACCAAGUGCAGAUGUAGGCGAAGACCCUUCAAAGAGGGCUAAAACUGGUGAGGACACAGAAGAGCCUAUUAAAAAGACUUAAUU